AUGAGUAAAAGAAAAGAAUAUCAAGUUUCUCUGAACUUACUUGGCUCUUUGGAUGAGAAUUUACAUGUUGGUCCAUUUUCAAGCAAUUGGUGGGAAGCUCAACAAACAAAUAAUGUAUCUGAUACUGACACCAAUAUUUCUAAUUUAUAUCCAAUUUGUGUAAACAUGAAAACAACAACCAUUCUUCAAGAUACAGAAUUUACUCUUACUAUUGUUCAAGGUAACAAAAGCUCAUUGCAACAGCCUGGAUAUAUUUGCAAAGCAAAAGGCAAAAAAAGCACUGUUUUUGACAAUUCUUCAGCUGCAAUAACCACACUUUAUCAAGAACUUUUUGGCAGCAAGACUAAGCUUUCUGGACCUCUUAUUAUGGGUCACAACAAAUUGGAAAUUAAUGAGCAGCUUUUGAAAAAUAUUCAUUUUCAUCCUUUUAAUUGUAAAUUAGAAAAAUUCCAGUUAUUUGUGUAUGGAAUUGGUAUAACUUCUGAUAAACAAUUGCAUAAUACAGGCCCAGGUUUUAAGUCUUCAUUUUAUUAUUCAAUUGGAGAACAGAAGAAAAGGACCUUGAUUGUACAAGAGAUUACUAAAAAAAAUUCUAGUGUAAAAAUGUAUCAAGAUUAUGAA